CCAAGCUCUUCAUAUGGCCUCGCCUGCAAGGACCAGGAUUUUGUUAGCAAAUACAACGGCCAGUUAUUCCAGUCUUGCCUCACCUGCCUGCAAGAGAGUUCCUUCUCCAAGGGUGACGAAACCGAUCAGCAGUGGUUUCUUUACCACCUUCGAUAUAUUUUCGAUUCCUGCCUUUUUGAUCAUCUCGAUGACCAAGGGGAAACUCUGGGCUCUUGUAUGGAGGAUAGUCCUUGUGAUGGACUUGAUGCUGUCUUGAAGUCGGACACGAAUGAUGCGACGAGCAAAAGCCCAGAUGGCUAUUGUGCUGUGGACGGAUCUACUGAUCUUUCACAUUCGGUUGAGACCUGUCUUCGGUGUGUCCAGUCGAGCGACUCGCACAAGUACCUUUCAAACUUUCUCGUCGCUGUCAAGACUGGCUGUGAGAGCCAGCCGUCUCCCGGGAGCCUUCUCGGUCUCAGUGACAGCGUCUUCAGCGAAACACUAAUCCAGGAUGCCAGCCAAUCCGAUAAAGGCAAACUCACGCCCGCUGCCAUUGCCGGCAUCGUCAUCGGAAUUGUAGCUUUCCUCCUCCUAGUCUCCGGCUGCGUCUUCUUCUUCAUGCGCAGGCGUCAGAGAUCACCGCCCCCCAGCCGGUCAUCGCUUCUCUCCUUCCGUUGCCAGACCCGCGUCACCCCACGCACCCCACGGUUCCCCCGCGAGCUCGCAGCCACGCAGAGGGAAAUGGUCGAGCAUCAUCAGGGGGAAUACAUCGACCCCGGAGCUGCUCUCAACUCAAACCCAGUCACCGCCCAGUGGCACGCCCCCUCGAACUGGUACACGACUCCCACCUCGAGCACAACAGCCCUGGUCUCGCCACCCCCAACAGCCCAUUUCGCCUCCGGCCUCACACGCUCGUCCGAGCAGGAGCAGCCUCCCUCCCGGUCCGGCUCCUCAUCCAUCUCCUCCAUCUCCGUCUCCUCCACGGCCCCUCUCAUCCGUGCCCGGACAGACUCGGCCGAGCCCCCAGAGUACUCAAGCAUGGACGGCCACCCACCUGCCGGCUUCAUCCCUGGGCUCGCCAUCUCGACCCCGGGGGACACCGCCCUGUACACUGGACAAAAGGUCGUCCAGAAGUCCCUCUACAAUACUCAGCGGGGCUACUCCUACCAGCCUUGGGGCCCGCGCCGCGGAUGGUCCAGAGAUGCGGCACCCGCGGCGGAGACUCGGCCUGCCGGCGACGACUUGGACGAGGAGAAGUCCAGCCCGGUCUUGCUGCCCUCCGAGUUCAGCCCCUUCCAGGUUUCGCAGCCCCCGCCGCCAGCAUGGCGACCUUGA